AUGCUUUCUUGGUGGUAUUCUGAUAAGGUAAUACAUUGGAGAAAUCUUAUUGCUUUUUUUCUUUUUGGUUUAUGUAACAAUUAUGCCUAUGUCAUAAUGUUAUCAGCAGCCGAAGAUAUAAUGGAUAGGCAAAAAAAAGAUUUUAAUUCAAUUUCUACUUCAACCAUAUCAACAAAUGUUGGUAAUCAUUAUUAUACUUUUGAUAAAACAUUAAAUAAUUCCUCUAAUGAUGUAUGCCAUAAAGUUGUCACAAGUAGGGAAUGUACUAUUACAUCUACUGGAGCUGUUCUAUUAGCUGAUAUUUUACCAGCUUUAGCAGUUAAAUUAAUUUUUCCAUUUUUUGCUGAAAAAAUACCAUUUGGUAUUAGGCAUUUUUGUAUUUGUCUUUUACAAGUUGCUGCCUAUUUUACAGUUGCUUAUUCUACUUCAGUUACAAUGUCAUUACUUGGAGUUGUUUUUGCUGCAAUAGGAUCUGGUUGGGGUGAAAUUACCUAUCUAGCUUUAUCCUCAUUUUACCCUAAAAAUACAAUAUUAGCAUGGUCUUCUGGUACAGGAGCUGCCGGUUUAGUGGGAUCAUUUGCCUAUGCCGGGUUAACAGAACCAAAUUGGGCUAAUUUAUCACCAAAAAAUGCAUGUCUUGUUAUGCAAAUUAUUCCACUUAUCUUUGGUAUAAGUUAUUGGAUAAUACUUAGAACAUCAGAUGAAAUUAAUAAAAUAUCUAUUUUCAAAAUUCAAUCAUGUUUUGUUAAUAAAAAACAAACAAAAAUAGUAGAUACCUCCAAAAAUAAUGUUAAUAGUAGUGUAAAUAUAAGAAAAUUAACUUUAAAAGAUAAGAUGAAAAUAACAGUAGGAUUGUUAAAAUUUAUGAUACCUCUUGGUUUGGUGUAUUUUUUUGAAUAUCUUAUUAAUCAAGGUUUAACAUCAUUAAUAGUAUUUGAUUGUUCUAGUGGAUUUUAUUUAUCAAAAGCUUCACAAUAUCGUUGGUAUCAAUCAGUUUAUCAACUUGGUGUUUUCCUUUCUCGUUCCUCUAUUAAUAUAUUUAGAAUACCAAUAUGGAUGUUAUUUGUUCUUCCAAUACUUCAAUUAUUAAAUUUCUUAUUAUUUACAUUUGAAGCAAUAUUUUAUUUUAUUCCACAUAUUGGAAUAAUUUUUGGAGCUAUCUUUUUUGAAGGAUUAGUUGGUGGGGCAGCAUAUGUAAAUACCUUUGAUCAUAUACAUAAAAUUUCUAAAGAAGAUGAAAAAGAAUUUUCAUUGUCUGUUGCAACACAAGGUGAUUGUUUUGGAAUUACUUUAUCAGGAUUUAUUUCUAUAUUUUUACAUAAUACUAUAUGUAAUACAAAAUUUUAUCCAACUCUAUAUUAA